CCUUCCAUCAACCAAACUUCACACACCUAGACCACAAGCAUCAAAGGCAAGCAAGCAGUAGUAACCACAAAUCCAACAUGAAGACCUUCCUCAUCUUUGCUCUCCUUGCCAUGGCGAUGAACACCGCCACUGCCGCUAGGCAGCUAAACCCUAGCAACAAAGAGUUACAAUCACCUCAACAAUCAUUUUCCCAUCAACAACAACCAUUUCCACAGCAGCCAUAUCCACAACAACCAUAUCCAUCACAGCAACCAUAUCCAUCACAACAACCAUUUCCCACACCCCAACAACAAUUUCCCCAGCAAUCACAACAAUCAUUUCCCCAGCCACAACAACCGACCCCCUUAAAACCACAACAACCAUCCCUCCAGCAACCCCAACAACCACAACAACCUUUUCCACAGCCCCAACAACCAUUUUCCUGGCAACCACAACAACCAUUUCCCCAGACCCAACAAUCGUUCCCUCUGCAACCACAACAGCCAUUCCCCCAGCAAGCCCAACAACCAUUUCCCCAGCCCCAACUACCAUUCCCCCAUCAACCAGAACAAAUAAUUCCCCAGCAACCAGAACAAAUAAUUCCCCAACAACCCCAACAACCAUUCCCCCUGCAACCCCAACAAGCAUUCCCCCAGCAACCCCAACAACCAUUUCCCNUGCAACCGCAACAACCAUUCCCCCAACAACCACAACAAACAUUCCCUCAACAACCACAACAACCUUUCCCUCUACAACCACAACAACCAUUCCCCCUACGACCGCAACAACCAUUUUCCCAUCAACCCCAACAAUCACAACAAUCAUUUCCCCAGCCCCAACCCCAACAACCACAACAACCAUCCAUCCUGCAACCACAACAACCACAACAAUCACAACAACCAUUUCUGCAGCCCCAACAGCAAUUAUCCCAGCAACUAGAACAAACAAUUUCCCAGCAACCCCAACAACCAUUCCCCCAGCAACCACACCAACCUCAACAACCAUAUCCACAACAACAACCAUCUGUGAGUAGUCUUACAAGCAUCGGUGGCCAAUGAAAUGAAGACCUGUAAUACAAGAUGGAUGGAUCAUCGUUGUUUAGUCAAUGAGUGUUCAAUGUAACGAUGACAAAUAAAGUGAUGUGCACCAUAAUGUGUAACCCCGACCCAUACUAGUUCAAACAUGGGAAUAAAAGACAAAGAAAGUUCUUGUCACAAAGA